AUGCACCGGCGGCUCAGGGACCUCCCGUGCCGCCCUUACUCACCGGAGCUCCUGCCAUCCGGGAGUCGCGGCCACCCCCGGACAGAGAGAGGCACGCCGUUCGCACCGGGACACAGAGCCGUCCCGCUGCUCUCACCCUCGCAGCUGCGCUCGUACUCGGCCACCCGCGGGUCCCCGCGGGCGGGGUCGGCGGGACGCGCCGCGCUGGGAGUUCAGCCCGCAGAGGAGGGGAGCGGCCAGCGCCAAGAGACCGGGGCGCGGCGCUGGAGCGUGGGGCAGCCCCGGCCAGACCCGGUGCCGCCCCCAGCGCUGUGGUGUUGCCGAGGAGGGGAAGCCAGGACCCCGGCGCCCACUGCGGGCGGAGGUUGCGGUGCGAGCACUAGGAGGUGGCGCGACCUCCGCCUCGCCUCCCUUUCUCUCUCCGCUCCUCCCUUCCCCUGCCCGCCACCGCCACUCACCGGGCGGGCGGGACGCGGGUCCGCGGCGUCCUGUCAAGCCGCUCCUGCCGCCGCCCGCCUCACGCCGCCGCCAUGUUCCGGGGGCACGGCGCAUGCCCGGCAGCGGCACCGGGGGCGCGCGGCCUCCCCCCCGCCGUCCCCCUUCCGCCCGCCGCGGCGGGGGCGGCACCGCGCGGGGCUGCGCGACCCGCGGGCAUCCCGAGACACCGGCAUCCCCUCACGGCCGGCAUUCCCGCACCCUCCGCCAUCCCCGCGCCCCGCCCGCAUCCCCUCACGGCCGCCAUCCCCCCACGCCCGGCAUCCCCGCGCCCCGUCUGCAUCCCCUCACGGCCGCCAUCGCCCCACGCCCGGCGUCCCCGCGCCCCGUCUGCAUCCCCGCGCCGUCACUAUCCCCGCACUGCAGCCAGACCUGCGGCGGGAGGGGCGAUCAUCGGGCUUGACGGGGGCUGCUGCGCCCGGGGAGUGGGAGCGCUUUGUGAGGGGGGAAAAUGAGCCCUUGGCAGGUGUUUGUGUAGGAGGCUUCGGUGUGAGCAGUGGACGCCUGGAAAGGGCGUGA